CCGAUUCUCGGUGGGCGGAGAGAUGGUGCUGUGACUGCUUCGACCGCCCGGGAGGGAGUUUGAGAGGGUCGAAGGAAGCGAGCGGAGCCGAGCGGGGAUCCAGGGAUCCGGUGGCCCAGCCUUGGCGGGGAUCCUCGUCACGUUGUGAGGAGAGGCCCGGAGAUGUCCAUGGAGGACCCCUUCUUUGUGGUGAAAGGGGAGGUCCAGAAGGCAGUGAAUACUGCCCAGGGACUGUUCCAAAGAUGGACAGAGCUCUUGCAAGAUCCGUGCACAGCUACAAGAGAAGAAAUUGACUGGACCACCAAUGAGCUAAGGAACAACCUAAGAAGCAUUGAAUGGGAUCUUGAAGACUUAGAUGAAACUAUUAGCAUAGUUGAAGCAAAUCCCCGGAAAUUCAACCUUGAUGCAACAGAACUGGGUGUGAGAAAAGCUUUUAUCACAAGCACCCGGCAGGUGGUCAGGGACAUGAAGGAUCAAAUGUCGAAUACUUCUGUUCAAGCACUAGCUGAAAGGAAGAACAGACAGGUGCUUCUAGGAGAAAGUGGUACACACAGCUGGAGUUCUGGGACUGACAAGUAUAGCCGCUUGGAUCGAGAACUGCAGUCAGCAAAUUCACACUUCAUUGAGGAUCAGCAAGCACAGCAGCAGUUAAUCAUUGAGCAGCAAGAUGAACAGUUGGAGCUGGUCUCUGGCAGCAUUGGUGUUCUAAAGAACAUGUCCCAGCGCAUUGGAGGGGAACUGGAUGAACAAGCAGUCAUGCUGGACGACUUCUCUCAUGAGCUGGACAGCACUCAGUCACGACUAGACAACGUUAUGAAGAAGCUGGCAAAAGUGUCCCAUAUGACCAGCGAUCGGCGACAGUGGUGUGCAAUUAUCAUUCUCUUCACGAUCCUGUUGGUGGUGCUUAUCUUGUUUUUUGUGUUGUGACGGGAUUGGAGUUCAAGUUCCUGUCCUACUUCCUUCUCAGUGAAAUCUUAGACACUUUGCAUCUCCGAGGCAGAAGACCUGUGCUGGGAGCUUGCUGCUGUGCUCUUCUGUGAGUGACCACCGGUGGCAUGAAACUUCUUUCUCUCAUGGCUUUACUGCUUAUCCUCAUCCAUGCGCCUGAGGGGGAAAACAAACGGAGGACUAACAAAGGCCCAAGCUCUGCUGUGACAGGAAGCAGCUCUUGCGGAUUUCAGACGUCGCAGUUUUUCUUCCCGUGUUCCUCUGCAGAGAGGUGAUUCAGAAUGGAGAAGCCAACAGAUUUGCAUCCGUUUGCAGGUAUGACCUGCGUUCAGCGAUCCAUAAUUGUCUGCUUGUCAAAGCAAAAUUCUCCGCGGUGUUAAAAACCAGCACCUAAUGUGUGCGUGCGCCACACGCUCUUUGGGAGUGGGGAGAUUCCUUUGCACAUGGAAUCUCCAGCACUGUCACCCAGUCACCUGGCACUGCCCUGCAAAAUAAUCGUGGAUCCUUAAAAAGAGAAGGGGUGAGGAGCAAAAGCAGCCACUAAACAUGGGUAUUUACCUCCCUCCAGAACAGGACUGUUUAAUCAGGCUACAGUACUUAGAACAAAGUACACCUGGGACUCCAAACAUGAUUUGUUCAAAAAGGUAGACACUGCUAGGCCUGUAAGUUUUGGAACAAAAGCGAAGAUGAAUCUUUGCUCAUUUUAAGAGCAGGAGCCAUUGUACAGGCAGCCACAAUCAGCCCUGACGACCGGGUCUGGCCCAUAGGCCACGAGUAGAGAUCUCUGCUUCCAUCCAGUGAAGCAGGCCUGGCUCUCACAGGCUAGAAUGACUGAGCUAAUCUUGUGUGUCUAGACUGCAACCCUACUAUGCUGUCCUACCUCAGGCAGCUAUGGUAGGACUCUUGAUUUUCAGAGCUUUAGCCUCUGUUUCACUGUGCAGCAAAGCAGAAUGCUGGCAAACAUACUGUAGCUAAAGUCUCGAUUGCUGUUUUUGCAUGAAUUAUUUUUUGGCUUUGGUUAUACAAGCCUUCUGAAAAGAGAAUCUUGUGCACGGGAUAGCUUCAUCUUUUAAACAGCUCCUUUCGUUUAGCAAAUGAACAUUAUCUAGUGGAAGCUUGAGAAAAGAACGGCUUACCAUGAGCCCGGGCCUCAUUCUGUCCCAUAUUUAUAGCUGCUACAUCUUAAAGGAGCAGGAUUCUGCCUGUGUGGUGCACAAACGUACAUCCGAUAUCUUGAGUAGUCCUGUGCCUUUAGCGUUUUAGAACCUGAAACGUUGGGGCGUUUGCAAAAAAGGAAGCCAAUAAUUCAUCACCAUUCCAGUCUUGUGAUGUUGUAGAAUAGCAACUGUUGACAUAUUGAUUUCUAAGCCUAAUUUUGUCAUUUUAAUAAUACAGUAGAAUGAUGUACUAAUGAACAGAUGUGCUCCUGGCUGCCCCGGGAGGCUUUUGAAAUGGGUAACAGUUUUACAGCCUUCCAGUCUCUCAUGGUCGCCUCAGUAUCUGCUGGAAAGGCAGCCCCAGUUACCUGGGAGACUUCACAGCCCGCUUUCGGUCAGAUGUGGAAGUGCCCAGUUUUCAGACUUCUCUAAUACUGUUUCUUGGACUAUAUAUAUCUGUUUCUUGGACUAUAUAUAUAUCUAUAUAUCAAAUUCCAGCUGUCUGUUGGGAGUUCUUACCUUUGACACAGUCAGUGAGAUUCAGGCAUCUUUGAGGAACGUUCCUUUCACAGCUGAGGCUCACAAGUUUCUGAUCAACAAGGUUAGUCUGCUGAAAAAAGGGUGAUGGGCACGGGAUUCCUCUUAUUAGGACCUACUAAAACACCUCACAAAGUUUUGCACAAAGUUUUGAGUUCAUCAUCAUGCUGGAUGUUACAAUAAUUAAAGGAGGAAGAAAAAAAGAUAGAUGUUCCUGGGUUUAAGAUUCUUAAGAACUGCCUCGUCAGUCUUUGGUGUCAAAGGCGAAUAGACUCGCUUUUAAUUGCAAGAUUCCAGCUCUUGCAUUGUGAAAAUAAGCAGACAAUGGCAGGUAAUUUCAUUUGGGGAAACAAAUGAGAGUCCAGCAAGGUCCAAAUGCCACUCAAAAACCCACGGGAGGAUUUCAGUCCAGCUAAAUCACAGGACUGGACUUCCUGCAUGUCGAUUCGAACUUUCUAGUAUUCCAGCCUGGCCACUUUGAAAUAUCAGUCAAGACCCAUCUGAACAGGAAGCAUCUCUAUUAUUAUCUCUGCACAAUUUCACCCUAAUCUGGAACUUUCUUUCGUGGUUAUUUCCCCUGAAAGCAGGCAAGUCAGGAAAACUUUUCUGGUGAGUUUGUACUCUGUAAGUGCUUGGUCCCUUUAAGAGAGAGUUGGCUUCUCAGCUGCAGCCCACACUUCACGUCGUUACACAUUUCUUUGUUUGCGAGUGUCCUCCAUGUGAGACCGACCUCAAUAGCGUUGGCUUUGCGAAACUGACCUUCCAUGGGGAGGCCUGGAACCUGCAUGGGUUCCCAGCUGUUUGGAUCACAUCUGGUGUGGCAUUGCCCCCCCUCCAAUUUAUUUGCAGGCUGGGAGACCCGAUUUCCCACACCCUGCUGGGGGAGCAAGCCUGCUUGCACAGCUGGGAUCAAUUUUGAUUGCUUGUUUCUCAUCUCUUAUUUGAAAGGUCUGGGGGGCAGUAAAGGAGCCAGACAGCUGCAGUUUCCCUGCAAGCACACAAUGCCCUCCUCCCCCUUUUCUCUGGUUAUUUUAUAUAGUCUAGUCCGAGGAUAAGAGCUCUUGGGCUUUUUUUUUUGGCUGCUAGAAUGGCAAAGCCCAACAUAUUCUGUGGUGUCUGUUCAGCUGGCACUGAUCACUAGCAUCAGCAAUGUUGUUCACCCUUGACAGGUAAGAGUUUGCACUUCCCAGGUGAAACGCAGCAAUGUUCGCAAGUUCUAAGGUAGGCAGCAAAGGAGCAUAGCUGAAACCCAUUUGAAGCACUCCUUUGAAUAGUGGUUGUUUUGUAAGUUUAAAGAAAAUGCCAGUUAGGGUGUUGUGGGUUUUCCGGGUUGUAUGGCCAUGUUCCAGUAGCAUUCUCUCCUGAUGUUUCGCCUGUAUCUGUGGCUGGCAUCUUCUUCUGAAUGGGUUUCAGCUAUACAACCCAGAAAACCCACAACACCCUAGUGAUUCUGGCUGUGAAAUCCUUCCACAAUACAAAAUGCCAGUUCUUUACUCAUGACAGAGUAUGGGGGCCCUGCUCUAUUAUUGUAGCACGCUGAAGCAAAGAGUUCUUCAUGUUCAAUUAAUUGCCUACAUUCCUCUGCCCAUCAUAGCAUUAGCACUACAACGUCCUAUACUGUAUUUCUUCGAGGCUAAGUAAAUUCUAUAGCUUUCCCCCAUAUAAAUCAUGGCUGUCUUUAAUAACAUACCACCCCUCAAAGAGGGUAGAUAUUAAACAAAAGUCUGAGAGUCUGAACGUAUCUCAUUGAAUGGUUGGCUUCUCAAAACGGUUUUGACAAAGGGGACUUUUGUGUGUGAAGAAGUCUGGCGUGGCUGCCACUUUGCAACAGGCGAUGCUUUUGUUUGAAGCAAAUUCUAUUAAAUGACUAAUUUUAGACAUAAGGUUAGAAGUUCUAAGGCUUCCUUUCUGAAAGCAGGAGAGCUCCCCUUUCUCCCCAAGGAAGAGCAAAGCCUGACUAAGUCCAGGUGUUUCCAGGGUAAACCUCUCAGCCACUUUCAAGACAUAGGCUAAACUUCCCCAAUCCCUUUUCCUGGGCUUUCCAACUUCCUACUGAGUUUCGUAUGUGCCUUAUAGGAAGUGCAGCAAAGAACUGCUAACGGAAUAAAUCCUGGGGAAAUGAUUGCACUGAAUUUUAGAAAUAGGCACCCUCUUGGACAGUCAUUCCUGAAGCACAAGUGCAUCACUUGAGAAAAUGGCUGCAAGAACUUAAAUCGCAGAAGGCGUGGCAUUGAAUGUGCCUCCUUCCAUCUGUCCAUCAUAAGAGUAUGUAACCUGGUGCCUGUUAGCACUCAGAGAUUGAAUGAUCUAAUAUUGCUACCGCCUCUCUGCCCCUAGGGAGGUUACCCACUGUACCUCUGCCUGAAUCACUACUGUGGGUAUGCUUCCUAAUCUUGUAGGCUGUAUGAGCAGCCUCUGAUUGUAAACGCAGAAAAGUACUCCGGUUAGACAUCAAAAUCUGGAAAAACACUGCAUUUGUUCAAAAACUCUUCAGCCCUUUUUUGCAUGGAGAUCUGCAUGCAGCUUAUUACCCAACAGGUUGUCUGACUGUGGCUGUUUCCCCUGGUUAAAAAUGAUUCAGUGUCAUCAGUCUUUUUAUGCACCAGUGUCACCAUGCCGUAGCGUACGCCUGUGAUAAGAGCGUGACUGCGUGGGCCCCUGGAUGGUGGUUUAAACAGGGAUGAAAAGUUAAUUCCAGGCAGGUUGGAAGAUCCGCCUCCUUAGUGGCAGCGUCUCUAACAUGCUUGAACACAGCUGAGGCUUCACUUGUAGCGACAAGCAGGAGCUGCCUGUUCGUUGCUGUUUAUGUUUUUUUCCCCCUAACGUUCUCCUCCGUAUUCAUCGAAAACACUGCCCCAUUGUUCCGUUCGUGAACACGUACGGAGUUGCUGCCGAAGCCACAGACCUGGGGGUGGACACCAGCUGCCUGUUCUCACGUCCCCGCCCCCUCCCCUCCCCCUGAGAAUAGUGGAGUAAACAUGUCUGUAGCUUUACCCUUAAUGCCUACACAGUUCUUUUGUGAGGCGAAACUCUGCUUUCCCCAGAUCCUUCUCUGCCCUGCUGCGGCUUCUGAGUUGUUGCGAUUCUGCAGCUUCCUCGUGGUUAAAAAUGCCCUGAAGGAAAAACAGAGGUGGACUGUGAUUGAAGGCUGACCAGACACUAGGAGCAGUUGAGAGGGGAAAGGGGCUGUCUUUUCCCUUUGCAGCUGCUUCAGGGUCAGUGAUAGCCCAGUGACCCCAUGCCAUCACACAGCCUCGGGCAACAGAGGACGGCUUGGGCCACUUAAAGUAGAACCAUAUGUGAAAGGGAACAUUUUGCCAGGUGCGACAUGCCCCGCAGGUCAAGAAGCUAAAAUCCUUCAUUCAGAUCUCACCUGCCCUGUGAGCACCACCAGGUAGCCAUUGGCAAGCCCUUGUGGCUGAACCUUCAGUCUCCUUCUCCCCAUUGAGAAGAAGGAUUACUGAUAACGUCUGUAAGGGGAAUUGAAUGCCCGAAAACUGUUGAGUGUUGUCUUGCGUGGCUCUUAGAGGAAAAACAGCUCAGUGCCCAAGAGGUAGUUUAGGUAAAGGGGAUUUUAAGAGGGCCCUGCUUCCCUUUAGUCAGCUUAUGUGACUGAGGCACAGUCUCCCCCACCCCUACAAGUGGCAGGGAGCUCCCUUCCACCUGCUGCUAAGUUCCAAACCUGAAUACAGUUUGGAGCCACUAAUGGGAAAGACUUGUGGCUCCUCAGGCAUUGCAAAGGGAGAAUUCACUUCCCUCCUCCAGGAGCCUAGCCGGGUGAACAGGAACAAUUCGUCUGGUUUCAAACAGAUGAUUUUCUUAUUCUUAGAAGGGAAAUUCUUUUAAAUAAUUAAACCAAGCAUUGUUUUUUACCUGGUUCUUGUACCUGUUUCUGCUGGUAAUAGCUUGUGUGUAUAAAAUGCCGUCAAGUCACAGCUGACAUACGGCAACCCCAGCAAGGGGCUUGCGAGGCAAGUGGGAAGCAGAGGUGGUUUGCCGUUGCCUCCCUCAGCAAAGGCUCCUUGGGUGGUCUCCUUCCCAAGUGUUGACCCUGCUUAGCUUCUAACAUCUGACACGAUCGGGCUGUGCCAUGUCGCCUUCCCUUCCAGGAGCAGAUUACUUUGGCCUUAAUAUAUCCACUUUCAUUGAUCCAUUGUGUGUUGAGUUAAUCAAACAUGGUGGGUGGUGCUGUUAAAAGUGGCUUGCUUACUUAACCACCCAAUCUGACUGAACCUUACUUGCUUACUUAACCACCCAACCCCACUGAAGUGGGGGGAAGAAAAACUACAGUGGAGAAGAUCUUUGCUAUUGUGGAUAAGGCAAAAAUCUUCAUUAGCCACCCAAAAGAAAGGUGCAUGUGUGGGAAGGUACCUUCCUAGGGAAAGGAGACAUAUCAAUAUAGCAUCUGAGGAACAGGUUAGCAAGGAAGAGGCAUGCCUAGCUAGUAUCUGGAAUGAACUGUGAAGGCAAUCUUUGGCCACCCUUUUGGGAAAAAGCUGGAGGAGGGGGUGGUUGGGAGGAGAGAUGGGGGGGGGGUCGCAGCAGAGCUCUUCGGUUGAAAGGGCAAGGGAGAGAGAAUGGGUCUUGCAUUGGCAGCUAAAAAUAGUGUGACUCCGAGAAGUGGUCAACCACUGUUUCCUAUUCUUGCUGUUGGAAUCAUGUUAUUUGUGUAUAAAUGAAAAGAGACACAGAAAAGAUCUUCCUGCAGUAUUAAAAGUGGAAAAUUGA